AUGCAGGCGAAAUCGUCGUUUUGGGAGAUUGUCGCACGGUGCCUGAGAAUCCAAUCAGGGAAUGGGACCAGUACUCUAUCAGCGCUUGCUUAUCGUUUUCCAUUUCCCCGCGACGUGGAGAGGGCAGAAUCACGGUUGUCUGACACAAAGGUCUACCGGCCACCAUCGAGAGCAUCCAUUGAAACGGCAGCUAGGGAAUACGUGGCAACCUCCAAUGCAGACCUCCGAAACCCAUUCGCGGACUACCUAGCAGAUGAUGCAAAGGUCUGGUCGAUGUACCUCGACUUGACCAAAUCAAAAGGCGAAGAGUUGAUGAGAAUAUGGAACUGUGACUUGGAUACCAUCUUGAUAUUUGCGGGCCUGUUUUCUGCCAUUUUGACUGCCUUUCUUAUCGAGACACGAAAAGAUCUCCAACAAGACCCUCAGGCUAUCACGAAUAAUUUGAUCAGAGACCUCAUUCAAACCUUGUCGUCGGAAACUCGUCAGAAUUCCCUACUAUCAACAACCUUUGUACCCUCAUCACCUUUGGUAUGGGUGAAUGGACUCUGGUUCGUCAGCCUCACCUUUGCCUUAACGGGUGCUUUUGGAACAAUCCUGGCGAAAGGGUGGGUAUCCCAAUUUAUUCCUGUAUCAGCUGGACUGCCUAUAAUCGACGCCUGCAAUCGUCAUCGACGGUUCUUCGGCGACGACCAGCGACAUCUACGAGCUGUUAUACAUGCCCUGCCAAUAACCUUGCACAUUGCCUUUUACCUCUUCUUCGGCGGCCUCGUCAUUUUAUUGUUUCAGGACGACCCGCGAAUUGGGGUAGUUGUGACGACGCUUAUUGCCAUCACCAUGCUCCUCUACCUAGGAUGUAGCAUUCGCCCGCUUCUCAAUCCCAAUUCCCCAUUUAAUACCCCGAUAUCUGGCUUGCUGCCAAUUAUUCCUGGCGUCUUUAUUCCUCUCAUUCUCCUGGCAGAUGCAAUUGGACACUUGGUAUUCACUCCCCGCCAACGCCGACGUAAGGCGCGGAGAGUUACCAGCUCUUACACCCACCUCGAUCAUGUCCUUUUGUCCACCACCAAGCUACGUAGGACAUGGACAAAGGGCAUCUUCGACACAUUCUCAUCUUUAUAUCAUCUCAUGCUCGUUUCAAACCCUCCAUCAGACGAAUUGAGGACAGAUGUCCUCGUUGGUCUGUUUUCACUGGCGCGAACCUUCAAACUUGAUGAUCCAGUCUGUGCCAUUGCGGGACUACCCAUGUCGUCAAGGUUGCAGGAGGCUUUGUAUAUUGCAGACCCAUUACCAGUCUUGACCCGCAACAUCACGGAGCUUCUAUCCUCCCUAGACAAGACUGAAACCUCUUCCGAUGUAACUCGAGCAUACCUUACAGUUAUGCUGUCUCUUGUCCAGACCACCCAUUCUUCCUUAAAUUGGAGCGCUAGCUCACUCGUAGCUUUUCUGCAACCGGGAGGGACCCUGUCAAAUUGGGAUAUGUUCCAAGACGAUAUUCUUGAAUUGAUUAUUUGCAUCCACAUCCAUGUGCGGAUACGCUCAGGAUUUCUGAUACCUGCCGAAUUCACCAAUCAUAUUCCGGAAGUGAUUUCUAAUUGUACAAACCCUCUGCAUCGACAGUGGUUGAUUGACGCUUCUCUUAUUCUCUCUGCGAUGGAUAAGGGAUCUACACUCAAAUGUUUGGCUCUGAAUGGUGCGUACUGUGGCUUUGUAUAA